UGGGAGCGAUUUGGUAGCGGUGGAUACCGCGCAACGGCUGUCUCCUCUGUACGGCGCUCGGAUUUGGACACCUAUGUAUAUGCGCCUAUCGCUUCCCGUUUUAUGACUUUUAUCAAGCCGCUGAAGUGUGAGCGAGUACUUGAUAAUUAUCGACCUGGCUAAGAGUGUAGUGUAGUGGAACUGAAAACAGUGUUGCUUAACUUGCUUUAUCGUUUAAAAUAUUGCUUUUCUGGAGGUGUGCAUUGAUAAAGUACUUAUAUGUAAACAGAAACCUACCGAUCCACUUCUGGUGGUAACACCCUGUCUCACUACUUUGUUGUGUGGGAAUUGUUUCUUACGCUUGCUCCUCUUCGGAGUCUUCGCCUGUGAUUACCGUUGUUUUGGUUUCUUGGAUACGCUACAACUUCCAGUUGUCGCUUUGCUUUAUGAUUAUUCAUGAGACGGUUGUAAACUUGGUUACAAGUGUGGUCCACGAAGCGUGGACUGAAUCGUUAACAAGUGCCUACUAGUACUAGUUCGGUGCGAAAAUCUGAAAAUGGCGCGAGAUUUCAUGGCACAAAUGCUGGAUGAACUCAUGGGCCGGAACAGAAACGCUGCUCCUAAUGAACGCAAGGAAUUACGAUGGGAUGAUGAAUCUGUUUGCAAGCAUUUUUUGGCGAACUAUUGCCCUAACGAGCUUUUCACCAAUACUAAAGCUGAUUUGGGUAUUUGCAAGCUUCUGCACGACGAAGAGAUGAAGAAGAGAUACCAGAGUGAUCGAAAAAAAGGCACAAUGGGAUAUGAAUCUGAUUUCUUUCAUUUUUUGCGCACAAUGGUUCAAGACGUUGAUCGGCGUAUUGAUCGGGGAAAAGACCGUCUAGAAGCCACAAAACAAGUCUCGGCCACCAAUACUGGUACGAAGUAUGACGAUAAAGUGAAAGAUUUGUCCCAAAAAAUCGAGGAUUUGGUUCAAGAAGCUGAACGUUUGGGAACCGUGGGGCGAGUGGAAGAAGCCCAGUCAAAAUUGCGACAGUCAGACCAAUUGCGUAAAGAUCUGGAUGGUUUGAAAGCGACGCUGGAGUUGGCUGUACAGCAAGAGAAACAGCUGGAAGUGUGUCAGACGUGUGGGGCAUUCUUGAUUGUCGGAGAUGCACAGCAGCGCAUUGACGAUCACCUGGCCGGCAAACAGCAUGUUGGCUACGCAAAGAUCCGUCAAACUUUGAAAGAUGAAGAGGACCGGGUUCAGAAGGAACUGGAAGACCGGCGCAAAGAGCGUGAACAUCGUCAUGAAGACCGUGGAAAUAGUCGUGGCCGCAGUGAGAAACGUGAUGAGCGAUCCAGUAAAAAUGGUCGAGAUCGCAGCCGUGACAAGUCGAAACGAUCGGAUUCUCGUGAGCGUCGACGACGCAGCAGCAGUCGUGACCGGAAUCGUCGACGUUCUCGCUCCCGUAGUAAUAGCCGCAGGAAGGUGGACAGCGGGCGACGCCGCAGUCGUAGUCGCUCCAAAGAUCGGCGUGAAAAGCGAGACUCCAAGCAACGCUCACGUUCUAGGGAUUCCAAACGGCGUCGAUCUCAUUCGCGCAGCAAAGAUGAUAAAAAACGGCGUUCACGAUCUCGAGAGGAAAAGGAUCGUCGACGUCACCGAGAUGGUUCCGUUUCCUCAAAUAAAUCAAAGACGUCGAACUCGAAGCAGGAUAUUGCUGCUCCCAACAAUGUGGAAGCUCAGUUGGAAAACACCUCACCCGUCUUGGAUGCCAUCGAGCUGCCGAAAGGUAACACUCCGUCCGAAAUGCAGACGGAUGAGUGAGUACGUGUCGGUCGGUGAGAUGACGCCCUGAAUGCAUGCACGGUAAGUUGUGGAUUCUUUCCUUACUAAAAUCGACCAUCUGGAGCAACGUUUCCGCUUCCAGUGUACAGGAAUCAGAAGACGAUUGAUUGCUCAUUGCUAUUGUGAUUCACGAUUCUGUGAUAAUAUGGAGGUACAUUUAAGUCUUUAAAGUCAUAGUCAUUUUAAAUAACGCUGCCCCGCGAAAUCCUUAGUGGAAUUUUAAUAAAGGUUUUUUCUGUGUUUGAGUUAUUCUGAUGAAUAAGGACUGUCAUUCUUGCCUAUAAUAAUAUUUGGCUGAUUGGGUGCCGUAACAGCGUUAGAAGUAGUGAUUUGGGGACCAUUUUAUUGUACACCAUAGCUGCUUAUUUGAUCAGUGUUUGCGAUAACCUGGAUUUCGAAAAGUUCACAGGAAAUAUUUCGAAGUUAUUUUUGCAAGUACUGUAGUAAAUAGUGUCAUAAUUUCUCAUUCGUAUUCUUUCAGUAUAGCCAUGCGGGUGAAUGUAGUUCAAUGUUUCAUAAAAGGGACAUUACUUUAGUAUGUUCUUAUUAAAAAUUGCUUUUUGCAUUUGUUUCAGUGCGGUAUCUCAAGUAUGUUCCGGGUGAAGACGUAAUCAUGACAUCUGUUUCUUGCAGUUCCUCUGAGAAACGUAUUGUUUGGUUUGCAGGCCUAAAGAGAAACGUGAGGGUGUGCACGCUUCACGCGAUAUAUGGACAAACCUGUCAACUGUUUUUUUUAUGUAUGGAUAUGCUACGUACAUCGCUCUUACGUUGUUCUGACUUAACAAUAUAGAUUUUGCACUUUGAUUCUGGUUCUGGGUACAAAAGUAUUCUCUUGUUCUUAAAAUCUUGAACAAUAUUAAUGCAACGGUGAAUAAACAUUUUUUAUUCCAAAA